AUGCAACACAAGCAAGUAGACGAGAGACCAGAGCUAGCACUAGCUUCCCAAGUUACUACCACUAGCCCUGCAUGUGAGCAAGAUACGAUCACUUAUUGCCAGAAGGAAGCCAAUCUGGUGGCACUGCUGCGCGCUGCGCCUAACUUGGUUGAACCUCUCAAGAUUGUCGAGGCAGUACGCAAGGUGCGCUUCUGCAUGAUUGCGCACGCCGAUGUGCUGUCCGUAGACUGCAUGAAUACGCUAGCAGCUGACACUAAUGCCAAAGCGUCCACGGCGGCAGUAUCUUUGUCUUCAAAAAAGGUGGUGCCGCUGCAUAACAACGGACUCGACGACGACUCGUCAAUGGAAAUUAACAUCUAUUACUCUAGACAUCACAACGGCGCAGGCCACGCGCUGCGUUCGGGAAGCGCGCUAGCUGCCAACCACGUACAGUCGGAUGGAUUGAUGUCUAACCUCGCAGAAGUGUUGGUACAUCCGCUCACAUGGACGUUUGUGCUGCCAUUCUUUGUUAUUGGUGUAUACGUUUGUAUCACGAGGUUAGCGACUUUUGUGCGUCGGCGGCGGGUGGAGCGUCGAAUUGAGAGCAAGCAAUAUAUGCCCGUUAAUUGA